AUGCGACUAAUAGGAGACGUUUUACGGUGUAUUUUCAAGCGACUGGACGCAUUUCAUAAAAAAUUUAUUACACGGGAUUUGACCCAAAAAUCAAACAUGGCGGCCAUUUACUUUUUCAUAUGGGCCGCUUUUGUUUGGAGUUGUGAAAUGAACGUUGUUUCAGCGAUAAAUAACUUAUGUCCGUCCGUGUGUUCGUGUUUGGGAGAUUAUGUUGAUUGUAGCAGGACAGGGUUAAUAGAAAUCCCAAAGGAUUUGCCGACCUGGGUUACAGAUUUAGAAAUUCAAUCAAAUGCCAUAUCAUCAUUAAAUCCCGAGGAUUUCAAAGGACUUCAUGACUUACAGAAAAUUGAUAUAAGCAAUAAUGAGAUAUCGUACAUCAAUGAGAGUGUAUUUGUCAACCUUCCGUCACUUAAAGAAAUAAAAAUCAACAACAAUAAGUUGACAGAGAUACCAGUAUUAAAAGGGAAUCCGGUUCUAACGCGUCUUGAAUUAACACAUAACAAGAUACAUACAAUUAAUGGGAAUGCCCUGAAACAGUUACCGCAGCUAGACAUGCUGGAUCUAUCCUAUAAUGACAUCAGAGACAUCACAAACGCUACGUUUCCAGCCAACCUUUCUAUUACCAAAUUAUUUUUACGGAACAAUGAGAUUAUUUACUUUGAAGCUGGCUGUUUUUACAAUCUGACGAAACUGGAGACUUUAAAACUAAACAAGAACAAAAUAUCCCAUAUCCCUAAAGACCUCUUCAUUAAACUCGCCAAUUUGAAAUCUUUGGACUUGUCCAAGAACCAGCUUUCCCGUCUAAUGGGCUUAACAUUUAAGGGCCUUGGAAGUCUACAGUUAUUGAAAGUGAGGAAAAAUAUGAUCCAUACUCUAGAAGAUGGCGUUUUCUUCGGUCUUGAUCGCCUACAAAAUCUGCAACUUGAUGAGAAUAACCUGACAACAAUAUCACAGAACUGGCUGUAUGGUUUAAACAACCUUAAAGAAUUGUCGGUUUCUCAUAAUAAAGUGAACAAGAUAGAGUCGAAGGCCUGGGAGUAUGCCCCACAUGUUGUUACCCUUGACAUAAGGUCAAAUGCCAUGGUGACAGUCGAGACGGACUCCCUGCAAAGAUUGGCUGGGUUGAAGACCCUGCAGCUGGCUGAUAACCAGAUUGAAAUCAUCCAGGAGGGAGCUUUUCAUAACCUCGAGGCACUAGAAGACCUGGAUUUGAACAAUAAUCGCAUCUCGUCUACAAUUGAAGAUGUAAAUGGUGCCUUCACAGGGCUGGUUUCAUUGAAGAAACUAAGUUUGAUCAACAACAAAAUUAAAACUAUUACAAAGCAGGCAUUCACAGGACUCGAGAGUUUGGAAAUCCUGCUUCUCGAUAGUAAUAACAUCACGUCAAUCCAAGGGAACUCAUUUGAACCCCUCAUUCAACUGAGACAGCUAUCUUUCAAUACAAGCAGCUUGUUUUGUGACUGCCAGUUGUCCUGGGUACCGAUUUGGUUACGAGACAACAACUUUGAGCACUCUGUCAUCGCCAAGUGUGCGCAUCCCAGUAAUGUGAAGGGGAAAAGUAUCUUUGUUGUCGACUCCAGUGAAUAUAAAUGUGACGGUCAGUUUUUAAAGCCUGAGAUAUUCUUGAACCCAAAAACUCAAGUGGUUUUGAAGGGAGAAAAUAUCACUUUGAACUGUUCAGCUGCCAGCACUGAGGCACAGGGUUCCCCCACCCAUUUCCAGUGGCGAAAAGAUGAAAUACUUUUAUUUCAAUAGAAUUUAGAGGAUUAUGCUGUGCGUACAGGAAAUCUUACACAUUACACAUCCAAACUACACAUCAGUAAUGCUCAGGAUGUUGAUGCCGGCAAAUAUCACUGUGUCAUCUCCAAUGACUACGGUUCCGCGUACUCCAAGAGAGCAAAUAUUAACGUAUAUGUGUUCCCAAAAUUUACUAAACGGCCACAAAAUGUGACGGCAAAGGCUCGCACUGAGGCUACCCUGGUCUGCGCAGCUGAAGGCCAACCGAAGCCUACCAUCACCUGGCAGAAAGAUGGUGGAUUUGAUCAUUUCCCAGCAGCCCAGGAGCGCCGUAUGCAUGUGAUUCCAGAGGACGAUCAUUUCUAUAUAGUGGACGUAAAAGCUGCAGAUGAAGGAAUCUACAGUUGUAUUGCUAAAAAUGAUGCAGGAACUAUUGUUGCCAAUGUCACUUUGACAGUUCUUCAAACCCCAUCUUUUGUCCGACCAAUGGAGCCAAAAGAGACUCGUGUUGGUACAACAACAGUAAUGGAAUGUUUGGCUCAGGGAAGUCCACAACCCAAAUUGACCUGGUACCAUGAUGGGGAACCCCUUGUUCUUAGCCAAAGACAUUUCUUCACAGCUGAAGACAGACUGUUGGUAAUUGUUGAGACAAAAACGAGCGAUGCUGGUGAAUAUACGUGUGAAAUGUCCAACACACUCGGUACAAUACGUGGUACAUCAACAUUAACUGUUGUUACAGGUGCGACAAAAAGUGAUCCAGAAGACCGGAAUCAGAGUUCCAGUGGCGGCCUCGAUGACGAGUCAACAACCACUGGUAUUAUAAUUAUAGCGGUUGUCUGUUGCGUUGUCGGAACCUCCCUCGUGUGGGUCAUUAUUAUAUAUCAGACUAGGAAACGUCAGGAACUCUAUAGCGCAACUCCGACCGAUGAAACUACCCUCCCUGGUGAAGUUCCCAGCUCUGGAUACAUGUCCUCCGAUAAAGAGGGCAGUUAUACCCAUGGAAUUCCGGUAACAAAUAUACCAGCCUACCAGUACCAUGAAAUGCAGAUGAAGGAGUCCGGUUAUGAAUCUUCGUCCGGCAGAUUUAGAGCGGCUCGUUCUGCAGCCAUAUUUCCGAGUGACGUUGAUCAGGAUGAGUUACGUCAUAGUUAUAAUAUGUUGGCAGGUGAUGGUCGCUACCUGGAACAGUCUGAUGAAAACAGUUUGUCCAGUCAGGAAUAUCCGCAGAGUGAAUCAGAUUCACUGAAGAGUGAUGGGCAUAGUGUGAAUAGUUCCCAGUCGAGUCAGCAACAGAUUCUAACCACAUUCCAACCCCAUGCAGUUAGUCAGGAACGUUUAGGAAGUACGUUCCGUCCCAUCGCGGCCAGUCACGAACAUUUAGGGAUGACGUACCAUCCGGAAGAAACGAGCAGGGAACGUUUCGGGACGACGUUCCGCCCUCAAGCAGCCAGUCAGGAACAUUUUAGGACAGGUCGAUCCCGAUCGUGUUCUGCUAACCAAAUACCUUGUGAUAAUAAUAUAUACCCAGACACUGAAACAGUGCAGUGUGAAAAUACAAAUAAAGACAACUCUGUGUCAUCACAAACAGAUGAAACAUUAGGUUGCCUCCCUUUAAACAAAGAGAUUAUGCCUCAAAAUGUUAAACUAAAGUGUAGAAAGUGUGGCGAGGAAAACUCGCAUACGGACACGCAUGAGUGUAAGCAUAAUAAUCCUGUUGUACCUCCUAAGCCAUCCAGAUGGCGCCACACAAGACACAAAGAACACUCGCACUUUGAUCGUGCUCAGCCGCCUGGGAUCUCCCGUAGCAGCAGUGAUAUUCAAGGUUAUAUGUAUGAAGAAGACAUUCCCCCUCCUCCACCACCUCCACUAGUGCCUUGCUCUGGUGUCUACAUUAGACCAGAGUAUGGUGUAGAAGAAGGAGCAUACCUUGGUAAUGGGGGACCUUACUAUUAUCAUCAUCCAGUCAAUACUCCCUGUGAUUGUCACUUACAUUAUGCCCCGCCCCCAACCCAUAAACAUUCUCGUGACCACAGACAACACACCUCCGAUGUUGUUCCCACAAACAAUUAUCCUGUUCCUCAUAACCAAAGACUAAACGGUAUGGUCGGCUGCGUUCAUCAUCAUAUUGGUGGUGCAAACCCAGCCGCCUGGCAAGGACGUGCGUACACGUUACCGUACAUGCCGACUCACGUUCCACAGAGACCGUCACGGCAACAACAACAACAACAACCUCACCAUACUGCUGCGCGGCAUAAAGAAACCUCAGCGGGCCAAAAGUUAUCCAAAUCACCAAAUAUAAACUCACCGAAAACCGACUCGUCGAAUUCAUAGCAUAUGGAUAAUGUUUUAUGUUUGUCCAAGUUAUUUAUUCAGAAAUUUUUACUGUAAAUUAUUAAAUAAGCUUUAAAGUAAUGAUAUCAUGUGUUAUGUUGAUCUUAAGUUAUACUGGCAAGAACUAAUUUACAUAGCAGUGCAUAAUUUAAUUAAGAUUGUUAUUUAUACAAAAUUAAACUAACAUUUAAUGAAAGUUUUUAGCAUUUGAAUGACUUUGAAAUAUUUUCCUUCAAGUAAUUUUUUUAAGUUUUUGGCGUUAAAGAAAUGAUGAAGAAGAAAUUGGAAUCAGUAUUUUUAUAUUUUAACUAUAGUGACCAGAACCAGUAUCUAAAGUUAAAAUAUUAAUGAUUGUAAACCAGUCUAUUGUGUUGAAAUCUGAUUGGUUGAGUUUAAGUUUUAUUUCGUAACUGACCAAUCAUUUUGGUUCAAAAUCUAGACUGGUCUCCUAUCUUAAGAUUUGUGGACUGGUUCAGUUUUUGUUCAUUUACCAAAUUACCUCAGUUAAAGUUGACUGGUUUCAUUCUCAGGUUGGCAUGACGAUCAAGUGUUCCCAUUCCGUAUUAUUAUUAUUUUUCACUAGUUACUGCCAGUGAAGGAAUAGCACCAUUGCUUGCAAUCUUUGUUUUUUUGUAUUAUCUCCCUUCAAUAAACAACUCUGUAUAAGUGAAUGAUUUUUUUAUGAGGACAAAAGAAUAGAAAUUUUGAACUAUCAGACUUUUUUGAUGAUAAAGAAAAUUUAAUGAUAUCUAAAUAACAUGAAAGUACAGAUUUUCAAAAUUUUGUGUAUUAAAAGUGAUGUAUUUCUAUUUUAAUUUUAACAGAAAUGUUUUGAUACAAGUUUUAACAGUAUUUUUUUAAUGAAUUUUUUUCUUAGCUAAAUUAAGGUACAGAUAUAUUCUUAUUACAUUUGGUUUGAUUUAUUUUUCCAUGAAAAUAUUUUUAGAAAUUACAGGGAAUAUUAACAUGAGUAAGAGUAUAUUCAUUCCAGUUAAAAAAAAAAUCCACCACUUUUCAACUUAAUAAAGAAUGGAACUAAUUUUGAAGAAUUGAAGAAUUUUGAAUUUAUAAUUGAAAAUGGAAUUAAUAAGCAACAUAGUUUUUUUUUAAAAAAAAAUGUAUUUAUGUAAAGGGAGGUAAAUAGGGGCAUAUUUUAUCAUAUUACAAGGGAGGUAAUUGAAGACUUCAGGUGCUGUAUAGUGAUUAAUGCAUUUUUAAUGGCAUUUUUUUUUUAUAAUUUUGAAAUCCAGGUUAUAUCUGUGUUUGUUGUUUGUAUUGACAUGAUUUUAGUUCUCCUUGUAGACUCUCUAAGAAGUAGUUUUGUGACAUUUUUGUAUGAAAUGGUUGAAAUUAAAAUGAUAUUAUACUUGAUCGAUUGAUGAGUAAAUUUUAAUUUAUUCAUGGUAAAAACAGUAUUUAGCUUGUAAGUACAUACGAUUUCACAUUAUAUGUGUAUAUUUUAGAUAAACUUAAAGAUGGGCAUUCUGAAUUUGAUUUUAUAAACUUUUCUACUUUUGUAUUUGAAUUUUGAAGGUCAUUUCUAAAAUAGCCACUUUAGUGCAGUAACGGGUUAACUUCUUAUAUACUUUGAUAAGAGUUAACCUGUUACUGCACUUAUAUAACAAAAUAUCUACUUAAAAUCAAAUAAAACUUUGGGUUCUUUUACAUUGGAUAUCUUUAAUACUUUCACUUGAACAAAGAUUAAAUGUGAAAGUUAAAAGGUUUGAUUUCAAAAUAUUUUUGUUUAUAUUCUGCGAAACAGUAAUCUGAUUUAUGACUUGCUGUUAACUGUUAAUAUGAUCUAUGACUUGCUGUUAACAGUAAAUAUGAUCUUAGACUUGCUGUUAUCAUUAAAUAGGAUCUAAGACUUGCUGUUAACUUUAAAUCUGAUUGAAGACUAGCUGUUAUCAGAAAGUCUGAUCACAUAUUUUUUGCUGUUAACAGCUAAGCUUGCAUGUAGAGAGAGAUCUCAUCAAAAUAUUAACCCACCUUUGUUUCGAAGUGUUUUUAUACUGAAAAAUCAGGCAGUUUUUAUACGAAGAUUUUAUAAGCCUAUUUUAACCUAUUUUUAACAGCUGUAAGUGCUUUUUGAGGCUGUGAUUAAAUAAACAAUGAUGUAUGUUAACCUUGCAAAUAGUAUUUGAGACUUAUUUAUAAAUACUGUUGUAUAUUUUAUCUACCAUUCUUCUAAUGCUUGAAAUGCUGUAUUAAGAUUUUCUUAUUUAAGUAAUUAAAUUUUAUCAAACAAAUGCUUGGAGCAUAUCAGUUGAACACAUGUGCAUGUAGAUUAUUUGUGUAAACAAAACACAUGUAAAUUUAUGCAUUAAGGCAUUAAAACAUUUGUACUACACAAGUGUAAGACAUGUAGUUUCACAUUUUUAUCUAUCAAGACAUGUACUUUGUGUGUAUCUGAUUAACAUGUGUACUAUGUGUUUACAACUUGUGUACUAUGUGUGUAUCUGGAUAACAUAUGUACUAUGUGUUUAUAACACAUGUACUAUGUGUUUUAACACGUGUACAAUGUGUGUAUCUGGAAGACAUGUGUACUACAUAUAUAACAGGAUAGUAUGUGUUUUCAAUUUAUUAUCUGAACAAAUUCACUCAGUAUUUUUUCACAUGUGACAAGAUUCUUAUUUAGAUGCCCAGGCUGUGACAACUUCAGCAAGUUUACUUUAAUGUUUUUUUUUUGUUUUUU